AUGCGUUCAGCACUAUUAGCCGCCGCGUCGUUGGCGCUGCUAGCCGUUUGCGUGUGCGCACCCCUGGACGGCGCUGUGAUCCAGCACAUCCCACCAAAAGAAGAUCCAACACCGUCACUUACAGCAAAGGAUGGCUUAACAUCUGGUGCUGUGGAAGGCAAUGCUGCCGCUGCUAAGCUUGAACCAGCCAGAGUUCGCCGUAAUGCCGCUCAAGAAAACGAUCUUCUGCCAGCAAGCAACGACGCAGGUGCAUCACCGUUUGAAGCAUCUAAUUUGGAAGGCCGUGGUCGCAUCAAGUUCAUAUCAGCCGGCAUUUCUCCAGUCCAUGAUAUAAAAGAGCAAAUGGCUGUUAAAUUUGGAGGAGAAGGUUAUUUAUUGAAUUCACCGCACAAGGUUUUAAAACAGCUAGAUAACUCCAUUCUUAAAGCGACAAAAAAUGUAACACAAAAUCCUAAAAUGGAAGAAAACUUGUAUCAGAUCUCAAAGGAUCUCGUUAGUGCAAUUUUAUCAAAACUAGACGUUCAAGACAAAAUCACAAGAAUAACUAGAGAUGCACUUGAAGCACCAGAUAAAAGUAAAGGAAUUACAGCAAUAGAAACAAGACGAAUUUUAGAUUAUUUGUCGAGAACUUUAUCUGGACAUAUAUUAAGCAUUACAAAAAUAUCAACCGAACCAGAAUUACAUAGGCUUGUAUAUGGUUUAGCUCAAAUAGCUGCUGAGAUAUCAAUAGUAGCCGCUCUAAAAGACAUCACUUAUCCUUCAGCAUUGUCUAAAAAGCAAUCAGUUGAUUUAUCCCUAAGAAAGAAACGAGCCACUACCAAUGAUAAAUUCAUAAGAAAUAUUACUACACCUGUUCCGGAUAAAGCACCAAUGCCUUCCAUUUAUAAUGUGAUAUUAAAUAAAACUGAUACGAAAAAUAAUGCUUAUACAAACAGCACAUUGAUACCAACCAAGAAUAAAUUGACUCCGUAUACCGUUUUUUCGAGAAACGAAAAAAAGCCUCUAAUUUUAUUGAAUACACAAUUGGCAAUGCCAACUGUCACAAAAGGAUUUUUGAAUCAAACUGCAUUAGAUUUAGAACAAAAUAAUACUAAUGUUAAUGAAACAGACGGUAUUUUGAUACAAAAUGCAAUAAAUGGCACUCAUUACGUAGUUACCAAAACAAAAACACUUGAAAAUCAAGAGGUAAAUGCGCCCGAAUUAAUGGAUGACUGGUUAGAUCCUAAAGAUUAUAAGUCUCCAUUAAGAUCGGAUAUAGUGGCAGAAUUAGAAUUGGAUCAAGUCGAUGGUGACGAAGAAUUAAUCAAUAGCAAAAAAGCUAAGGCCAAAUUAGAACGACUGGAGGUCAAAGCUAAGAAAGCUAUACUUUAUGCCGGGGAUGUAGCUUACCUGACUGCAGCAAGUGUUGUGGCACUGAGGCGUGCUUUGACUGCUUCCAUCGAAGUUAAAAUGUCUGUAGCAUUUGCCAAAAAUGGCAUGACUUCUCAUCAAGAUCUGAUGAUGAAUUUGGCUAAAACAGCCGCCCAACAAGCUGGUAAAGAAGCUAAAGUUGCAUCAUCAAAGUCUCUCGCCUGCGAAAGAGUUAUAAAGUUGGCAUUGAAAUACACAGCGCAAUCUUAUGGAGCCAACCUCAAUCAUGUAGCUAAUAGAGUAAUUAUGGACACACUGUCUUUGGCCACUCUAGCUAAAUCGAUGGCAUUUGUGUCAUCUGAUAUUGCAAUAAAUUCUUUGUAUCAAGCAACUGAAAUUAAACCACCAUCGUAA